AUGACCCCAAUGACCCACAUUGACGAUGAGGUGUCAGGGCUCGUGGUUUUGGCGCGCCACGAGAAGGCGAGGAUCGUGUGCACUGACUGGGUGGAGAAUCAGAAGUUCACCUUCGAGUUUGUGGCCAUUUGCACCGGCACGGUGGAGAAAGGCCACUACCGGCACUUCUACCUCAAGAAGCAGAGCAAAGACGGCCAGCUCCCGAGGCCUACGCUCUACGAUGAAAUUCCACCAGAAGCCAUCCACGUCCGUGCGGACUAUGACGACUGGCACGUGGUCACCAUGGAGGUUGUGGCUUGUGCUGAGCUCGAUGGCGGAUAUGCGGCGCUGCGCAUCAGGACCAAUGAAACGGGGCCCUUCCAGGAGAGGAUCCGCACCCAGCUGGCCAUGUUGGGUGCGCCUGUCCUGAAUGACAAGGCGGCAACCCGCUUCGUGAACUUGAACCAGGAGGUGGCCAAAGCGGCGGGCCUGCUACCCCAACCCCGCAGCAAGCAGUCUAGACAACCUUUGAGCAUCGUGCCCGGCCAAGGGCAUAGCGAAGUGACCACGGCGGUGGCUGCAGCCGCCCCAAUGGGCGGCGCAGUGGACGAGGAAGUGCUGCAGGGCCCGUAUGGCUACAAGCUCCAGCUCCUGCCUGGUGCUAAGAUGGCAGCCAGCAGGGGUAUUCCCCAGACACCUAUGGAGAAGGUCCCAGUCGCCCUGCACUUGGCACGCAUGGAGUUCAUGGGCCGCGUGAUUACGUGCGCUCCGCCGCCAUAUUGGCCUGAAGGCGCAGCCGCGGCCGUGGCAACGCGGCUGACAACAAAAGAUAUCAAGUCCAACAUCAUGGACUUCCUGGUGCUUCAAGGAGGAUGGUCGACAAUCCGCGUGAUUGGCGGCAAGUUCGGAGUGAAGGUGGACUGGCUGGAGAAGCACUUCCCAGUGCUCCGAUCCAAGAGCCGGAUCUUUGCCUCUGAGUCUGCGAUGAAGGAGUGGGAAGCUGAAGAGCGCGUGAAGCGUGGCAAGAAGUCCUGGGGUCUUGGAAUCAGAACUCGGCGAGAGAAGCACAAGAAGAAGAUGUGGCAGCUCCGGGAGAGGUUCUUGCCACCGGAGCAGUGGGGCAAGCGAAAGCUGCCCUGGUUCAAGGAGAUCAAGCGAGGCCUGGCCAAGCCCGUGGACGACUACCUGGGACGAACGAAUCUGUAG